GGCGGUCAUGGCGCGGCGGCUGGUGCUGUUCGACCUGGGCGGGGUGCUCUUCACCCCCAGCCCGCUGGGCGCCUUCGGCCGCUACGAGGCGUCGCUGGCCCUGCCCAGGAACUUUUUGCAAAAUGUCAUCCUUGGAGCAGGCCCUGAUGGUCCCUAUGCCAGAGCAAUGAGAGGAGAGAUCACCGUAUCUCAGCUGGUUUCUGAGCUGGAAGAGGAUUGCAAGAAGUUUGCUGCCUCCUUGGGGGCUUCUCUCCCGGAGACGUUCUCCGUAGCACAGGUCUUUGAGGAUUUUAUGACACAAGGAAAGCUCAAUACUGCUCUUCUGCAAGCUGCGGUAACUCUCAGGAACAAUGGGUUCAGGACGUGUGUGCUCACAAAUAACUGGAUAGAUGACGGCCCUCAGAGACACAUCACGGCUCUCUUGCACUCUCUGCUGAGGAGGCAUUUUGAUCUGGUGAUCGAGUCUUGCCGCAUCGGUCUGAAGAAGCCGGACCCUCGAAUUUACGAGUAUGCGCUGGACGUGCUGAAGGCAAAACCGCAGGAGGUUAUUUUCCUGGAUGACAUCGGAGCUAACUUAAAACCAGCCCAGGAAAUGGGAAUAGCCACCAUCCUUGUCAAGGACACCGAUGCUGCCCUGAAGGAACUGCAGGACCUGUGUGGAAUUCAGCUCCUUGGCCAUGAAGAGACUCUGCCAAUCGCAUGUGACCCAGUGAACGUGACCCAUGGUUAUGUGCCAAUUAAGCCUGGAGUCCAGCUGCAUUUUGUCGAGAUGGGGGAUGGCCCAGUGGUGUGCCUCUGCCAUGGCUUCCCUGAAUCCUGGUUCUCCUGGAGGUACCAGAUCCCUGCUUUGGCUGAGGCUGGCUUCCGGGUCCUGGCUUUGGAUAUGAAAGGCUACGGAGAUUCCACUGCUUCCCCAGACAUAGAAGAAUAUUCCCAGGAAGAAAUAUGCAAGGAUCUUGUAGUUUUCCUGGACAAACUGGGCAUUUCCCAGGCAGUGUUCAUCGGCCAUGACUGGGGCGGAGCUGUGGUGUGGAACAUGUCCCUCUUUUACCCAGAGCGAGUGAGGGCAGUGGCUGGACUGAACACGCCCUUCAGACCUGCCAACCCCAAUGUGGAUGUCAUGGAGAUGAUCAAAUCCCAUCCUGUGUUUAACUAUCAGCUUUAUUUCCAGGAGCCGGGUGUUGCUGAGCUCGAGCUGGAGAAGGAUCUGAGCAGAACGUUUAGGAUCAUGAUCCGAUCCAUGAGGAAGGAGGACCAGCUGCCUCUUCCACUCAAUGUCACCAACGUCCAGGAGCGAGGAGGGCUUCUGGCUGGCAUGCCGGAAGACCCACCGCCAAGCCAGAUCCUAGCGGGAGCGGAUCUCCAGUACUUCAUCCAGCAGUUUAAAAAGUCUGGCUUCAGGAGACCAUUGAACUGGUACCGGAACAUGCGAGCCAACUGGCAGUGGAGCCUCUCUGCGAAAGACAGGAAGAUCCUGGUCCCGGCUUUGAUGGUUACUGCGGGGAAGGACUUUGUUCUCCAUCCUAAACUGAGUAAAGGCAUGGAGGAGUGGAUUCCCCAGCUGACCCGGGGCCACAUUGAAGAGUGCGGACACUGGACUCAGAUGGAAAGCCCAGCUGCCCUGAAUGGGAUCCUCAUUAAGUGGCUGGAGGAUGUUCACAACAGUUCUUUGCUGCAGAAGAUUUCGAAACUCUGAGUUUGCCCUUGGAAGAUUUCAGCCUCCAACUUCCUGCUUCAUUGGAGUAUCUUGCUGCUUGUGCGUGGGUGUGGGCCCUGCCAGUAUCACACUUCUGAUAAGCCGGGUUUUGCCCCUGGGUUUUGGUUUUCAAGCUAGCCAGUGGAAAAGGUGGGGUAGCCUGGGCUCAGCUAGCCACAUCAAGCCGUAUAACUGCCUUCCUUUGUGCUUGCAUCGGAAUGCAAGCGUCUCAGCGAGGGAUUGUAGCAUGACGCUCUGAUCUGGGGCAGUUCUCCCGCAUGUGUUGUGAUGUAAGACUACGGUGACCAGAUGUCCCGAUUUUAUAGGGACAGUCCUGAUUUUGGGGUCUUUUUUCUUAUAUAGGCUCCUAUUGUCCCGCACCUCCUGUCCUGACUUUUCACACUUGCUGUCUGGUCACCCUAUGUAAGACAUGACCUUUCCUAGCAAAUGAGGAGGCCAAAUCGAAGUCUCAAAGCUGCAGGGAGCAGUAAACAGAGCGUCGUCGUAUACUUAGCAAAUAAUGUGAACUGCAGAAAAAUAGAGUGAGGGAGGGGGAAAUUCCCUGGCGAGGCAGUGACUGAACGUUUCAAGCUAGGAUACAGAGUUUAGAGGGGACGGGUGACUUCCCAAGUGCUUCCUGCAUCUACAGCUAUUUCAGUUAUUAAUGAUACUGAACCACUCAUCUGAAACCCUGUUAAUAUUUUGUAGGGUUAAGUUUCCACCUCUGGCAUUCGAACUCACCACUCAGGGUUCGAUUUGGCUCGGCUCAGCUCGGCCCCCCAACCACAAAGGCCUGUUUUCUAGUUCAGACACAGCCAAUACUUUUGUGAUAAGAGAUGAGGGGAGGAGUUUUUGGCUCAUGAAAUCUCCUGAAAGCAGCUAGCACCCCCUGAUGUCCAUUGUUCAGACUGGAGACCAGUGAUGUCAGUUCUGACCUGGCCUUGUGCCCAAACCUUGGACCCUGGCCAGCAGCUAGUCAAGCCCUAAGCAUUGCCUUGCUUGGCAGCAGUGUUUGUUUGCAUUGCGAUUGGGGCUUUUGUUGUCAGCUUAAGCCAUGCAUUUGCGGGUUUAAUACCGGGUUCGCAGGAUACUAAUAGCUCUUUUAUGCUGCUUUGAAAACUUGCUUCUGCUUUUGUUAUUUCAAGCAUCUUUUGUAAACCAGCAACCGAAAUAAAUGCCAGAACUGAU